AGUGACAUGAACAAAUGCUUCAGCAUUUACACUUACUGUUUGUGAUCAUUUUAAGAUUUCAGAUUUGAUUUCUUUAUUUUUUGUUUGUUGUUGUUUGAUUAUGAGCUCUAUGCUGCCCUUUAGAUGAGAUUUGAACGUGCAGCUCUGGUUAAUAGUCCACUUACGCAAAGCAGAUGGCGAGAGGAGAUUUCUUCAGUAUAAGUCAGCAUGACUGCAGUCGAGUCAGACAGAAGAGUUUCUCCUCUGAAGAACUUUGUGUCUGGAGGGGUCGGUGGAGUCUGUCUCUUAUUUGUCGGACACCCCCUGGACACUAUAAAGGUCCGCCUGCAAACACAGCACAGCGCUCUCUACAGAGGAACAUAUGACUGCUUCAGAAAAACUGUGUCUAAAGAGGGAAUAUUUGGCCUAUAUAAAGGGAUGGGUGCACCUCUAGCUGGUGUGACCCCGAUGAUGGCUAUGAACUUCUUUGGUUUUGGGCUGGGAAAAGAGUUCCUGCAGAGUGACCCCACCACCCCACUCACGUACACACAGAUCUACCUGGCGGGAAUGCUGGCAGGAGUCUUCACCACUGUGAUCGUGGCACCCGGAGAGAGAAUCAAGUGUUUACUGCAGAUCCAGUCCUCGGCCCGUCACAUGAAGUAUGCUGGACCUGUCGACUGUGCUCACAGACUCUAUAAACAACAGGGAUUAUGCAGUGUUUACAAGGGCACUGUGCUGACUCUCAUCAGAGACGUGCCUUCCAAUGGUUUAUACUUUCUGACAUACGAGUACUUGAAAAAUGUUCUGACCCCUGAAGGAGAGAGUGUUCAUCAGCUCAGCACAUGGAGGAUUCUUCUGGCAGGCGGGACCGCUGGUGUUUUAAACUGGCUUGUAGCAUUGCCUGCAGACGUCCUGAAGUCAAAGUACCAAACAGAUGCUGACGGCCGUUUUCAGGGUUUCAGAGAUGUGUUGAGAACUCUGUUACAGAAGGAAGGUCCUCGGGGUCUCUACAAAGGUCUGAGCGCAGUCAUGUUGAGAGCUUUUCCUGCCAAUGCUGCUUGUUUUCUGGGCUACGAGGUUGCACUCAAAUCGUUCAACUAUGUUGCUCCAGACCUCUAGUGUCCUGAUGGCGACUGACAUGUUUUCCGUUGAUUUUGAAAUGGUUUUGUAUUUAUGUGGCUUAAGUAAGAGGCAAACAAACAGGAAUAUUUUCUUACUGAUCUUUCUAGUUCAAAAUAAUUAUAUGUAAAAAGUUAAUGAAAUAUCAAAGUGUACAAUCACGUUUUUUACUUUGUAUGAAAUGAUUAUUUGUGAAUGGUGUAUUAUAAAAAAGGUCUACGCUGUUGUUUUGAGCCAUUACUGGAGCAGCUGAAGGAUGACGUGCUUUAGUUGAAAUGUUCCUGUGACUCCAUUAAAGAUGUUGUGUUCGUGUCAGAUCUUCUUGCAUUGUCAUGAUCAACACAACAGUCAAGCCAUUACAUUUCAAAUGUAUUUAUUGAAACAUUUAAUUUCAUUCAAAAACAAAUAUACAAUGUGUUUUACAUAACUCAUGUCUUUUUUUUAUAAAAUUGCCUCAGCAUCCUAUGCAUACAUGCAAUUUUAGUAGCUAAUUAUAGUUCAAGUUUUCUCAUAACUGCUGAAACCUGAAAACCAUCAUUCAAUAUUACUAAUAAAUUCUAUGAUAAUGCUU